GUUACUCUAUUCCUGUCUCUUGCUUAAAAGCUGACCAUGUUCUAACUCCAAAGGCUCUUUCUAAUUCUGCUCCUUUAUUAAUUUACUCUGCUCCUGUAAUUCCUGAUUCUUAUAUUCCUAAUAAUAAAAGAGGAUAA